GGAGGGUGAUGGACAGACCGAGAAUGAGGAGGCCUAAAAGUCUGUCAUUCUUCAGUGAGACUCAGUUCAUGAAAGAGCAACUUCUGGAAAGAGAGCGCUCACUUAUCCUUGAGAGGCAAAGAGACAGUUUAGACUGAAGACAAAUCAGAACAUCAUCCAAAUGGACACUGCUGCACUGAGAUGUGUAGUUUUAUCCGUCUGCAUUACUACUAAUGGAGAUUUUUGAGAUUUCAGUGAAGCUUUAUUUGAUUUAAGAACUACAGAAAGGAACCGACAUCCACCUGGACCAGAAAGAGCAGCUUCCAACCCCACUGCCAUGGAGAUCUUCCUCGAAGCACAUUCUAACAUCACAUCUGAGUCUCCCGUCAAUACCAGCGUCCACCUCCUGGGGGUGCCGAACCUGAAGAAACUCGCCCACCUGGAUGAGUCUCUGUACCAGGAGUUCUACGUCCUGUGGAUCACGCUGAUGGUGGUGAACACGCUCAUGUUUGUGAUCGGCGUGGUCCUGAACAGCCUGGCGCUGUACGUGUUCUGCCAGCGGAGCCGCUCUCGGACGACCCCGGCCAUUUACACCAUAAACCUGGCGGUGGCCGACCUGCUGGUGGCGCUGUCGCUCCCGGCCCGCAUUGCGCUUUAUCACAGCGGAGGCGACUGUGUGGCGUGUUUCUACAUGCACACCUUCAGCUACUUUGUGAACAUGUACUGCAGUAUUUUGUUUCUCACUAGCAUCUGCGUGGACCGCUAUAUGGCGGUGGUGCGGUCGGCGGGAAGCCGCAGACGAAGCCCAGCGGCUGCCAAAUGCGUUAGCGUGUGCGUGUGGCUGUUCGCCGUGGUGGUCACGUACUCGCUGCAAACCUCAGCCCUGGACUUUCACGGAGCUUCAUGCUGUCACGUCGCCGUGCUCUUCGCCCUCACCGUGCUGGAGUUCGUCUUGCCGCUCUUGGUAAUCGCGGCGUUUACGAUCCGCGUCGCCUGCGCGCUUGCGGACAGCAGGCUCAUGCCGCAGAGCUGGGGUCGGCGUGCGCGCGCCGUUAGGCUGCUGGUAGCCGUAUUGGUGGUGUUCACCGUGUGCUUUACGCCUUAUCACGUGCGUGAGGCCGUGGUGUACUUCCAGCUAGGGGGCAGCAGGGAGCAGCAUGUGGUGGCGUAUCACGUGACCAUCACGCUCAGCAGUCUGAACAGCUGCCUGGAUCCUGUGGUUUACUGCUUUGUGCCGGAUAGUUUCCGCUCCACCCUGCGAAGAGAGCAGAAGAAGAGAUUCGGAGAGCAGCCAGUGGCAAUCAAGGGAAACAGGAGCACCAAAGCUGCAGGAACGCCGAUGGCCAUCGCAUACAGCGUCACAACGCUCACACCCUGCAUACUGCCGUCCAGAGACAUUCCCACCUGAAAUAAAACACUCCGACAGGAGUUUUACCAAUGGGUCAAUAUGAGAAAUAUCAACGAAAUGAUCUAUAAACAUUUACAUGCACGUUCUUUACUCAAUUAUGCUUAAGCCGACAAUGUGUGGUCAUGUAAAUGCCUUAACUCAUUUUUCAAACAGCUUAAGCAUUAAACGACUGACACAGCUAGAUUUUUGCCCAUUACCUCGAUUUCACUCGGCAUGUAAACACCUUAAAUUCAGCAUCUUUUCCUUACCUGUUGCAAUGUAUAUCCGAGUGAAACUGCUUCUUGAACAAGAACAAAUGCAGGGCGGGGCUUGAUUUUGUCCAUGGGGAAUUGAUUGGAUGGUUGUGGUUUGCUAUUGGUGGAUCUCAUGUGAGUGACAGGUUGCCCCGCCCUCAUCAUCAGAGAAGAGAAGUCACUGCAAGGGAGAGGAGGAAUAUCCAUAUUACUAUGAAUGGGAGAAAGUGCAACGCACAAAAUGGCAGAGUAAGUCUGCCUUUUAAAUUAAACAGCCAAUAGCCUGAAAAAUGCUUUUUUUUUUUGGCAUGAUUUGAGUGUUUAAAAAACAAAACAGUUGUUGUCAGAUUUCAUUGGUUAUUUCAAAUAUGUAAUUUAAUCACAAGCUUGGUGAACAUCUUUGGAGAAUUUGAUGUUUCCCCAUUCAAAGAGAUAGGAGCUGCACUUGCAUGACUGAAACAGCUACCUGAGAGGCGUUUCAAAGAUGGCCGCUGAGUGAAAUGACUUGCUUAAAGGUUCAGUAAGUGAUUUUUGAGAAACGUUGUUGAAAGUGGAUUGGACCGAGCACCAAAACACACUUGUAGCCAAUCAGCAGUAGGGGGGCAUGUCCACUCGUGAUGGGGGAGGAGAGAGAGUGAGCCAAUCAGCAGUAGGGGGCGUGUCCACCCAUGAUGGGGAGAAGAGAGAGUGAGCCAAUCAGCAGUAGGGGGUGUGUCCACUCAUGAUGGGGAGGAGAGAGAAUGAGCCAAUCAGCAGUAGGGGGCCCGUCCACUCGUGAUGGGGGAGAAGAGAGAGCCAAUCAGCAGUAGGGGGUAUGUCCACUCAUGAUGGGGGAGGAGAGAGAGUGAGCCAGUCAACAGUAGGGGGUGUGUCCACUCAUGAUGUGGGAGGAGGGAGAGUGAGCCAAUCAGCAGUAGGGGGUGUGUCCACUCAUGAUGGGGGAGGAGAGAGAGUGAGCCAGUCAACAGUAGGGGGUGUGUCCACUCAUGAUGUGGGAGGAGGGAGAGUGAGCCAAUCAACAGUAGGGGGUGUGUCCACUCAUGAUGUGGGAGGAGGGAGAGUGAGCCAAUCAGCAGUUGGGGGCGUGUCCACUGGGGGAAGAGAGAGAGUGAGCCAAUCAGCAGUAGGGGGUGUGUCCACUCAUGAUGAGGGAAAGAGAGUGAGUGAGUAAGAGGGAGAUUUGAAGAAAGACUGUAGAAAGAGAGAUGGCUGAGAGACAUUACAAAAGAGAAAAAUUCAGAGGAAAGUCACUGGAAAAAGAAGGGUGAUGAUCAGGCAAGAGCUUUAGGAUCCGCUUUCCAGCGCUGGAAAGACCUAAGCGGGAGGCCUGAAAACAGACGCAGAGGUUGUGUUGUUUCUGCUCCAUAUGUGAGUAACAUUGGUUUUGCUGUUUCACAGAACCAAGAUAUGGUGUUGUUGUAAAGUUAGCUGUGGUAAUAGGACACUUUUGAGUGUCAUUGUUUGUCUGGAGCUGCUGCCGACUAACAACCAACUCUUGCUUGUAGACAUUCUUGCGUACUGCAUGUUCAUUUUUUGUUCUUUCUUGUCGUUCCUUCGUCAUCUUCGCUUUAUUUUAUGCAACGCAUUAUUUUUCUUUGCUUCAGCUAUGAUAAAGAGACAUCCACUCUUGCAUUGUGUCUUUGUGCAUUUUGGGGCGGAGCAAUGUUGUUUGAGUUGAUUUCAAAUUUUAACAGUGUUUUUCAGAAAUCACUUACUGCACCAUUAAAGGGACUUUGCUCUAGACCAGUGGUUUUUAUCCAGCGAGGUUAAGAUUACUUAAAAUAAUUUAAAAUAAGACACAACAAGCUUUAAAAUCAACUAAAACAGCUAAAAAUAAAGAUUUAAGCUGACAUCAUAUUUCUUAUUUUAAUAUGUUCCCUCAACAAUUUAUUUAAAAACCAGCAUUCGGUGUUGGAAUUAUGAGAGAUAUAUGAGGGAAUUACAUCUCAAUAUGAACUCAAAUAUUUCUCAUCACAUUUGUCCAAAUCCAAACUAUGCUGUCCACAUUAUUUUUAAUACUCUUCUGUUGUCACUUUCUCCCAAAGUAAAAGAGAAAUAUUAACUGAGAACCAGAAAGAGAAACCUUUGAGCAUUAAAAUGUUCCUCUGACAUAUUCUUCCCGCUCUUCAAGAACAUCUGUCAUCAGACAGACAUUCAUAUACAUUCCAGGUAAAGAGGGAAGUGACGUGGCCCGAGCCGCUGGUGUUUUAAUGUCAGUUUUACGAGGUCACAUGAUGAACUCUCAUACCCUACACGGAGCUGUUUAUUUUGCUCCACACUUGAUUUAAUGGAGGUGUUGGCUCACGUGUUUAUUUAUGAAGACCACACUGAGACCAGAAACCUGCACAGCCUGAAACCACUUUUGCUCAUAAACAUCUUUACGACUCGAGAUAAGUACUUUUUAUGAUCUGUUUAAAGUAGGCCUACUUGUGGAUAGUAGAAUAUAUUCAAUACAUAGUAUAUUCUACUGUAAAAAAAAAAAAAAAAAAAUGUGGACAUAAAUGUUUUUUACAGGAGAAUAUUUUUUAAAUGUUUUUAGUUUUUAUUAAAGUAUAUAUUUUUUAUUUUUAAAAAAUGAUAUUGUAGUUUUAAUGAAUAUUUGUCUCCAUCUGUUUGACUGUAACAGCAAAAUGUACCACAAGAGGGCAUCGUUUCCUUCAAAAUGAUUUAUGGAUAAAGGCAAACGAGGUGGAUUUGUAAAUAUAAAUAACAUAUCAAAUAAUGUACGAAUAUCACUAAUAAACAUGCUAGUUAUCUGUCACCUUUUUAAAUAAUAGUUGUUUUUGUUUUGUUUUAAACGUGUUGUUUUUAAAGUCAACUCUGUAUUUAUUGUUUUUGAAGUUACAACAUGUAUAUCAGGGUUGUUGUUGUUUUUUGUUGUUUUUUUGCAGUGUUUUAAGCUCAUCAUGACACUUGUGCUGGUGAGAGCAUUGAGCAUUAAAUCAGUC